AAAAAAAAGGGGGAAUUUUUAUCCGACUCAAUCGGCCAAUUAACAAUUGCAGCGCGGUGGAACAAGAGUUUGAGAUAAAGUCGAAGCUUUAUCUCUCCCUGUUAAUCCGAUCGAAUCAUCCGCGUCGCCAUCCAUGACACCGAAAUCCUCGCUGCGUCCGAUCUGCGCCCUUUCUUAUAAAGGCGAGAUUUUUGUUGGAUAAUUGCAGCGAAGGUUUGGUUAGUGUGGCAGUAACCACUGUGUUAAUCUGCGGUAAUGGCGGAGUAGGGAAGCGUACCGAAGUCCCCUUUCGCCAUCCAAAGUAUUCACGCGCUCUGUGUCUGUGCGGAGAGUGAGCUCGUGACCUAGCCGCCGCCGCUGCUUGUGGGAGGAGGAGGAGGAGGAGGAGGGAGAUGGGGGAGCGGUCAAAAUCGCACCUUUUGGAUCUGCUCCUGGCGGCGCUGUGCUUGCUGGGCGCCCUGCGGCCCAAUGUCUGCGCGGCCGCGGACGUAACCGCCGGUCCGUUCUUCGCCUGCGACGUGGCGGCGAACGCCACCCUCGCCGGCUUCCCCUUCUGCAACGCAUCGCUCUCAGUGCACGAGCGGGUCGAGGAUCUGCUGCCCCGCCUCACGCUGAAGGAGAAGAUCGGGAACCUGGUGAACAAUGCGACGGCGGUGCCGCGGCUCGGGAUCCCGAAAUACGGGUGGUGGUCCGAGGCCCUCCACGGCGUCUCCGACGUCGGUCCGGCCACGUUUUUCUCCCACUUGAUCCCCGGCGCCACCAGCUUCCCCCAAGUCAUCCUCACCGCCGCCUCCUUCAACGCCUCCCUCUUCGAAGCCAUCGGAAAGGUGGUGUCGACCGAGGCGAGGGCAAUGCACAAUCUAGGUCAUGCAGGGCUGACGUUUUGGAGUCCGAACAUCAACAUUUUCAGAGACCCUCGGUGGGGGAGAGGGCAGGAGACCCCCGGGGAGGACCCUUUCCUGGCUAGUAAGUAUGCCGCUGGCUAUGUGAAGGGUUUGCAGGAGACCGACGACGAAGACCCCGAAAAGCUCAAGGUCGCUGCUUGUUGCAAGCACUACACUGCCUACGAUGUCGAUAACUGGAAAGGCAUCCAACGAUACACCUUCGAUGCUAAGGUGACGAAGCAGGACAUGGAUGACACCUUCCAGCCCCCCUUCAAGAGCUGUGUGAUCGACGGCAAUGUGGCGAGUGUGAUGUGCUCCUACAACCAAGUCAAUGGAAAACCUACUUGUGCCGACCCUGACCUCCUCGCCGGCACCAUCAGAGGAGACUGGAAACUCAAUGGAUACAUUGUUUCGGAUUGCGAUUCGGUGAGUGUUCUCUACUAUGAUCAGCAUUACACUAAGACUCCUGAGGAAGCUGCGGCCAUCUCGAUCAAAUCAGGGCUCGAUCUCAACUGUGGGACUUUCUUAAAGGAGCACACGUUGGCGGCGAUCAAGGGCGGGCACCUGAAGGAGGAGGACGUCGACAAGGCGAUCAGGAACAACCUCGCCGUGCUGAUGCGGCUCAGAUUCUUCGACGGCGAUCCCCGGAAGCUCCCGUACGGUAACCUCGGCCGUGACGACGUGUGCUCCGCCGCCAACCAGGAGCUCGCCCGCGAGGCCGCCCGCCAGGGCAUCGUCCUGCUCAAGAACGACUUAGCGCGGCUGCCGCUAGACGCCACCGCCGUCGAGUCGCUGGCGGUGAUCGGCCCCAACGCCAACGUCACCGUCACCAUGAUCGGCAACUAUGCAGGGCCGCCGUGCAAGUACACGACUCCGCUCCAAGGUCUCUCGGCCAACGUCAAGAACACCCUGUAUGCGCCGGGUUGCGCCGACGUGGGUUGCAUAGGCAGCAGCCUCCAGUUGGCGGCCGCCACGGACGCCGCCUCCAAGGCCGACGCCACCAUUCUGGUCGUGGGCGCCGACCAGUCCAUAGAGAGGGAGAGCUUCGACCGGGUGAGCCUCCUCCUCCCCGGACUGCAAACAGAGCUCAUCACCGAGGUGGCCAAAGUGGCCAAGGGCCCGGUGGUUCUCGUGAUCAUGUCCGGCGGCCCCUUCGACAUCACCUUCGCGAAGAGCAACCACAACAUCUCCGCCAUUCUCUGGGUGGGGUACCCCGGCGAGGCCGGCGGCGCCGCCAUCGCCGACGUCAUAUUUGGAUUCUUCAAUCCAAGUGGACGGCUGCCGGUGACGUGGUACCCGGAAUCCUUUGCUGACUCCGUCAACAUGACCGACAUGCGCAUGCGGCCGGACCCCAGCACCGGCUACCCCGGACGGACCUACCGGUUCUACACCGGCGAAACCGUGUACAAGUUCGGCGACGGCCUCAGCUACAGCAACUUCACCCACCACCUCAUCUCCGCCCCCAAGCUGGUCACCGUUCCCCUCGACGCCACCCACGCCUGCCACUCUCAGCGCUGCCUCUCCGUCCCGAUGGCGGACUCCGGAUGCGGCGCCGGCCCACUCAAGUUCGACCUGCGCCUCCAGGUGCGCAACGCCGGCGCGGCGCGCGGCUCCCACACGGUGUUCCUCUUCAUGACGCCGCCGCCAGUACACGGGGCGCCAAAGAAGCACCUGCUGGGGUUCGAGAAGGUGUUCGUCGAGCCGAGCGGCGCAGCGGAGGUGGCGUUCAGUGUGGAGGUCUGCCGGGACAUGAGCUUGGUGGACGAGAACGGCGAGAGGAAGGUGGCGCUGGGGGCGCACGUGCUGCACGUGGGGAGCUUAAAGCACUCCGUCAGCCUGACGAUUUAAGGAUCAAUUAAUUAAUUUGAAGAAGGAAAAAAAUAAGGAAUUAUUAAUUCAUUCCAGUAGAAAUAGGAAUUUAAUAUUAGUCGUCAUUUCCUAGUUUUAUUCUAGUGCAAAUAAAUUGUAAUUUGGAUUUUAAUUUUAUUUUUCUUUGCGUCGAUUGGAAAAACCAUUACAAGAUUUAUUAGACAA